GGGGAAACGCUCCGCACGUGUUUUGCGGCAGGUUCCUGAAGGUUACGGGAGGAUCUGCGGCGGCGGGUCGGGCUGGUCGAGGUCCAGGAGCAGCAGCGAUGGAUCCCAUGAAGGCGCAGCAGCUGGCGGCGGAGCUGGAGGUGGAGAUGAUGGCCGACAUGUACAACCGGAUGACCAACGCCUGCCACAGGAAGUGCGUCCCACCCCACUACAAGGAGGCGGAGCUGACCAAGGGCGAGUCGGUGUGCUUGGACCGCUGCGUGGCCAAGUACCUGGACCUGCACGAGCGGCUGGGACGCAAACUCACCGAGCUGUCCGUCCAGGACGAGGAGACGAUGAGGAAGGCGGCGGUGGGGAGCGGAUGAAGAGCAGCGCUGCAGGAGGGCGGGGGGUUCUGUGGGUUCUUUAUCAUGAGAGACUUGUCUUAAUAACAGUGUGUAUAAAUUAAAAACAAAAAAAAAAGGUAAUGGUGUUCAGGGGUCCACUACAACGUACCCGUCCUCCUCCUGCAUGACGGGGGUUGGGGGGGGGGGGCAGCACUGGAGGAGGCAACGAGGCUCCUGCUGGAUCUGAAACUAUAUUUACUAAAUAUUUAGUUACGUCGCAUGCAGGUCGGCCUCACGACUGCACCUGCUGAAAACUGGCUGGAGGAGGAAACUGGGACUUGGGAGUCGCGCACUGUGCUCGUUUUCAGCUGCGAGGGUCCCGACAUCAUCCACUCCGUAAAACAAACACAGAAUGAUUAAAAUGCUCUUCCUCCGUCACCUUCCGACCUCGGGGGUGUUUGUUUUUCAUUUCAGAAGCAAAGAAAAGAAUCACUGGCCCUCCAUAAAAAGGAAAGUCAACAAGACAUUCAUGUGGAGGUUCCUGUCAGAGACUGUCCUGCAG